AUGUUCAGCAAGCUGACGCAGCGGCUCAGGGGCAACUCCGUGGCUGCCUCGAACCCCGAGACUCCAACCCCGGCUCCAGCACCUGCCCAGGGAGAGAAACCUGCUGAAAAGAAAGAUGAAGCCAAGAAAGGGGAAGAAGCCAAACCCGCAGGGCCUGCCCCUGCCCCUGCACCAGCACCAGCUCCAGCACCUGCGCCUGUAUCCAAGAAGCCUGAGGAGAAAGCAGCCGACCCUGGCAUAAAGGAUGCAGGAACUGCUGAGGGACAGGAAGCUGUCCCUCCCCCGCCAUGCCCCAUCGUGGUGAACAAGUACGCGGACAACCAGGUCCGUGACAUCAUCAAGCGCUUGAGGGACCGGACGGAGUUCUACAAGGAAAAAGUCACUGACCCCACGGCCUCCUCACCUGAGCCCAGCCCACCCGUCACUCCAGUGUUGAGGAAGUGUGAUUGGCUAAAGAAACAGGAGGAGGAGAGGAUCAAAAAAGAGGAAGAGGAGAGGAAAAAGAAGGAGGAAGAGGAGAGGAAAAAGAAGGAGGAGGAGGCCAAAAAGGCUGCGGAGAAGAAGGAGGAGAAGAAAGAGGAAAAGAAAGAUGAGAAAAAGGAUGAGAAAAAGAAAGAGGAGAAGAAGGAGGAGAAGAAAGACGGAGCGGCGGAGGAGAAGACAGAUGACGCCAUAUGCCCGACAAUCAGCUGUACCUGCAUCGACACCCUGUUAAAACCGCUGGAGGACAAGAUGGAUGCAGUCCUGGAUAAGUCAUUAGACCCCUUCACAGAUCGCAGGUAUAUCGCUUGGCUAAGCAUCGUCACUCUGGCCUACAACUACAACGCCUGGUUCAUCCCUGCUCGCAUGUCCUUCCCCUACCACACCACCAAGGCCAUCCCCUUCUGGCUCCUGUGCGACCUCCUGGUGGACCUCAUCUACGUCCUCGACGUCAUCAUUUUUCGGCCGCGUCUGCAGUUUGUCAGGGGAGGCGAUGUCAUUACCGACAGGAUUUUAACAAAGAAGAAUUACAGGGAAUCUCCAGGGUUCAAGUCUGACGUCAUUGCUGUCAUACCCUUUGACCUGCUGUACUUCCAGUUCGGGUUCAAGUCCUUCUUAAGGGCCAACCGUCUGCUGAAGUUUGAUUCAUUCUUUGAAUUCAGUGAUCGUCUUGAGAGCCUCAUGACGAAGGCUUAUAUCUGGAGAGUCAUCCGCACCAUUGGCUACCUGCUUUUCAUCCUGCACAUCAACGCCUGCCUGUACUAUCUGGCCUCUGAUUACGAGGGCAUCGCCUCCACCAAGUGGGUCUACAGUGGCAAAGGCAGCGCGUACCUGCGCUGCUACUAUUUUGCCGUGCGCACGCUUAUCACCAUCGGCGGCUUGCCUGAGCCCCACACUGUGUUUGAGAUCAUGUUUCAGCUGCUCAACUAUUUCACAGGUGUCUUUGUGUUCUCCAGCUUGAUCGGACAGAUGAGGGACGUUAUUGGAGCUGCUACUGCUGGACAGACAUAUUUCCGCACCUCCAUGGACAACACUGUGGCCUACAUGAUGAACAAUAGGAUCCCCAAGCUGGUGCAGCACAGGGUACGCACCUGGUACAACUACACCUGGGACUCGCAAGGCAUGCUGGAUGAGUCUGUGCUUUUGGAGCAACUUCCCCUGGUCAUGAGAACCGCUAUUGCCGUGGAUAUCAAUCUCAGCACCUUCCAGAAAAUUGAUCUCUUCAAGGGCUGUGAGAACCAGAUGCUUGUGGACAUGUUGCUGAGGCUGAAGUCCAUUGUGUACUUACCCGGGGACUUUGUGUGCAAAAAGGGAGACAUUGGAAAGGAGAUGUACAUCAUCAAGGCCGGAGAGGUGCAGGUGAUAGGAGGCCCCGACAAUAAGAUCGUGUUUGUGACGCUGAAGGCUGGAUGCGUAUUUGGAGAAAUCAGUCUGCUUCAGUCCUCCAAAGACGGUGGGAACAGGAGGACGGCCAACGUGGCGGCCCACGGAUUCGCCAACCUCUUCGUCCUGGACAAGAAGGACCUCCAGGACAUCCUGGUGCACUACCCUGAGUCUCAGAAGGUGCUGGCCAGGAAGGGAAGGAAACUACUGAAGGCCAAGGGUCCGGCCGCAGCAGCCGCUGCCACAGACAAGAAGACGGGGAUGGCCCUGUUCACCCCGCGACCCCCAACCCCAAAGAUGCUCCGCGCCUUCGGCCGUUUCAACAAAACCGGCUUCAUGGAGAAACUGAAGGCUUCUGCCACCGGAGACAAGAAAUAA